GUAGAGGCGCUUGAGAGUAGACCGCUUGGAGAGUGGGAGCGCAGUCGCAGGUUAUCCAUCGCCUGGUGCAAGAUCUACCGUCACUCUGCAACGUCUGGGAUCUUCCUUUAUAUAGACGAGAGACUUAACAAAACCACUUCACUCAACGCGGAUCCAGAUUGUUUCCCUUUUCCUCUUCUGCCCCCUCUCUCCUGUUUUUUUUCCACCCCCCCGAUCAGGCUAAACCAUCCUGUGUUUUUGUAAAGGCAAUUGUUAGUGCGCAUCAUCGCGGGAGCCAAAAGGUUUGCCACUGAUCCAUAGGAGACUGCGGGCUGCUGGAGCGUCAUGACAGCUGAGAAGAGCGGGCCCGUUAUAAACGGUAAACCAGAGGAUGGCAGAGAUCCGGAAGGGUCCAGCUCCAGCCUAGACAACAGAGAGUACAACGAAAGGGGCCAUUGGAACAACAAGAUUGAGUUUGUCCUGUCUGUGGCUGGAGAGAUCAUCGGACUGGGCAACGUCUGGAGGUUUCCGUACCUCUGCUACAAAAAUGGAGGAGGUGCGUUCUUCGUCCCGUAUGUCAUCUUCUUCGUGUGCUGCGGUAUCCCCGUGUUUUUCUUGGAGACUGCCCUGGGUCAGUUCACCAGUGAGGGAGGCAUCACCUGCUGGAGGAAAGUCUGCCCACUGUUUGAGGGUAUCGGCUAUGCAACGCAGGUGAUUGAAGCUCAUCUAAAUGUGUACUAUGUAGUGAUCCUUGCCUGGGCCAUCUUCUACCUCUUCAACUGCUUCACCACUGAGUUGCCGUGGGCUGGCUGUGGGCACUACUGGAAUACAGAGAACUGUGUUGACUACACUGGAGAAAAUGCCACCAACAUUACAAACCCCAACGCAACUUCUCCGGUGAUUGAGUUUUGGGAACGCAGAGUGCUGAAGAUAUCAGAUGGUAUUGAGCACAUGGGGGGAAUGCGCUGGGAGCUCGCCAUGUGUCUGGCUCUGGCCUGGUUCAUCUGCUACUUCUGCAUCUGGAAGGGACCCAAAUCAACUGGCAAGGUUGUGUAUGUGACUGCUACAUUUCCUUACGUGAUGUUGUUGGUCCUGCUGAUCAGAGGAGUGACGCUGCCAGGAGCAUACGACGGCAUCAAGUUCUACCUCUACCCGGAUAUUUCACGUCUCUCUGACCCUCAGGUAUGGGUGGACGCAGGAACCCAAAUCUUCUUCUCUUAUGCCAUCUGCUUGGGUUGUCUCACUGCCCUGGGAAGUUACAAUUCCUACAACAAUAACUGCUACAGGGACUGCAUCAUGCUGUGUUGUCUGAACAGUGGCACCAGCUUUGUAGCAGGUUUUGCUAUCUUCUCUGUGCUGGGCUUCAUGGCCUACGAACAAAAUGUUCCCAUCGAGGCUGUGGCAGAAUCUGGUCCUGGUCUUGCAUUCAUUGCAUACCCCAAGGCUGUUACUAUGAUGCCUCUAUCGCCUCUUUGGGCCUGUCUGUUCUUCAUGAUGCUCAUCUUCCUCGGUCUGGACAGUCAGUUUGUGUGUGUGGAGAGUUUAGUGACAGCCGUGGUGGACAUGUACCCAGAGACCUUCAGGAGAGGCUACCGCAGAGAGCUGCUGAUUCUGGGCAUGUCUGUUGUCUCCUUCUUCAUAGGACUCAUCAUGUGUACAGAGGGGGGGAUGUACGUCUUCCAGCUGUUUGACUCAUACGCUGCCAGCGGGAUGUGUUUGCUGUUUGUGGCCAUAUUUGAGUCCAUAUGUAUCGGCUGGGUGUACGGUAGUGACAGAUUCUACUUAAAUAUCGAGGAUAUGAUUGGCUACAAACCUGUCUUCUUCAUCAAGUGGUGCUGGAUGAUCUUGACCCCGGGAAUCUGUGCUGCAAUUUUCCUUUUCUUCCUGAUUAAAUACAAACCGCUGAAGUACAACAACGUUUACACCUACCCUGAUUGGGGUUAUGGUAUUGGCUGGUUCAUGGCCAUGUCCUCGAUGGUCUGCAUCCCUCUGGGGAUAAUCUGGAUGAUCUGGAAGACUCCUGGCACCUUUUCUGAGAGAAUAAAGAAGCUGACGACUCCCAGCAAGGACCUGAAAAUGCGAGGGAAACUCGCCGCCCUCAGUCCUUACGCUGCCAAUGAUGCAAAACUUAAGGUUGACGGGAAAAUAUCCACCAUCUCAGAAAAGGAGACACAUUUCUAACCGACUGCCUGACCGACUGACCAAGCUGCCUGCCGUCUUCACGAUAAGUCAAACAAGCGAAAACAACAGCAAACAACAACAUCAUUAUCCACCACUACACAAAGCAGGAAAUGAAACAAAUGACUCGGAGUGUUAUUUUUGUUUUGUAAAAAAAAAAAGGAAAAAAAAGGAAAAGUUAUCACGUGAUUAUGUAGUCUGCUUCUGUUUUGCACAAACUUGGAUAACACAUUUGUUGUUUUCAGUUAACAUUGUGACUAAAGCAGGUGUUUCUUUCUUUUCUAACCAUUAAUAUUUAAAAAAUCUGUUUGAUGACAUACGAUAUAUGGUUAAAACUUGUCCUGGUACCUUCUCAGUACUCGUCACACUAGUGUCUGGGCCUUUAGAGCAAUACCGUGUUGUGUUGUAAAAGGCUUACACUGUACAUUCAUUGGCAAAGUGCUGUGCCUCUCUAUUAGGUACUAGGUACCCAAAUGUGACUAUCUAAGAUGUAGCAGUUUGGGGACCAUUCUACAUAGUUUUGUGAGUACUGCAGUAUGUGUUGGUACUGAGGCUAUAGGAGGGCAUACCCUGAAUACUCCUGCAAGUAAAACUUUGAGUUGUAUAUAAAGAGUUUUGCCAUUGGCAUCUUGGACAAUAUCUGAACCAGCUGUGACUGUAAGGGCUGUGGAACAAUUUUUUUGGGCCUUGAGUGAUUCUUACUUGAAUUUAAAAUUUGCCAUAGCAACAGACGCAAAAAAACUCAGCUUAACUGAAUGAUAUUAUUAGGUGAUUGAUUAUCGUGUUAGGAUAUAUUAAGUCACUGACGGCUUUGCUGAUUUCCAUGGCACUGCUCUUUCCAAAUAGACUUGAGGAGCAAAUGAAGAGGUCCAGAGUUUAAACACUCUUUUAAACCCCUCAGUUUUUUAUUUUACCUCUCUAGUUUUUAAGCUACAAAUUGUCACAUGACUACAAAUGACAGUGAGUGACUCGCAGGCUGAGUCUAAAAACACCUCUCCCUCUCUCUCUAUCUCUCUCUCCUCUAGCUGCCCUCCUAUAAGUCGUGGGUAUCUGUCAUUUCACAGUAAUUAUGCUGAGCCUAACGCAGAGUGACAGACAGACGUGCUUUCACCCUUGCAUUUUUAUUUCCUGCUCCGUCUGUGGAAGAGAAAAUGGACAUCCAUCAGAUGAGCAUUUCAAAACCCAUCUGUCUUCUUAUCCCUGUUCUUUUUAUUCUUUCCUCUUGUUACAGCCCUUCCUCUUCUCCCUUUUGUCCCACUGUCCUUCCUUCUCAUCUUCAACCUCUGCUUGUCUGCUUCUGUCCCUUUUUUUUCCACUUCUGUCUUUCUCUUCAUCACAUAGAGGGCUUGAGCAAUGAUAUGGGCCUUAGAUGAAGCCAUGAUGCUGCUUGAAAGCUUUGUGUUUCGUCACAGACCUAUGCAUCAGCGAUAGCCUUGCUAUCGAUUAGUGUCUCUGCGACCUUUCUUCUGACAUUGUAAAGCGUUAAACCUUGCUGAAAAAAAAAAUAGAUAUUUUAAUUUUGCUGUCUGAGCCGCUGCAGGGGUGAAAGCACAGUCUGUCCCUGUCAUCCAUUUAAUUGUGGUGAGAGUCAAUGAGCUGGUCUCAUUGUUCAGAUCAAUCUCAGUCCAUUACAGCCUCAUCCAAUCAGCACUCGAAUGACUACGAGUUGCCCUACCUCCCUUCCUUGCUUUGUCCGACUUUCUCACUUCCCUUCCUUUCUUCCCUUUGUCCUUGUUUCCUGAUGAAAGUGCAAUCAGAGGAAUGCAUCUGAGGGGAUGAAACUGAAAUUUCUCUCUACAGUUUUUCAGGAGGAGGCAAAGAAAGCAGGGGAAGAAAUAAGGAAUUGAUGAGCUGAGGAAGUGUGUGAUCGAGUAAGUAAUGAGGGAAAUCGAGGAAGUGAUAAGUGAGAGAAGCCCCUCCUGUCUAAGCUGUGACAUCCUCUUAAACAUGUGAUUGGUCCCUCUGGUGUGGUUGCAUUAUGACUUUAUCACCUCUUCACUGAUGUUUGUGCAAAGCUAAUAGUUGUGUGCAUCAGAAAUUAUAGCCCGCUGUUUAACACUGAUCAUGUCGAUGUAUAUUUUACAUCUCUUUCUAGAAAUCUGUGGUUUAUUUCUUGAGAUGAAAGAUGUUUUAAAAGAACUGCUGUAUUAAAAAGAAUACGUCCUUU